AUGGAAACGACCAACGAGAUCUUACGAAUCAUUGCUGAUGAGGCCGGUGUGGCGAAUGAUGAAUUGGUAGACGAGAGUGAGUUCAGGGACCUGGGAAUCGACAAUAUACUCGCCAAAUGCAUAAUUUCGCGUAUUCGCGAAGAGCUUGAUCUUGAACUAUCACCUACAUUUUUCAUCGAUAAUGCAACAGUGGCGGAUCUUAAGAUCAAUUUGGGGAAACGCCUGCCUUUGAAUUGUAUGGCCAGCAAUAACCAGCCGGCACCCCCUGUAACCGAGAGAUCUCGUCCUUUAUCUCUUGUGCUCCAAGGUACAAAAGAAACAUGCUCUAGGCGCAUUUUCCUUUUGCCUGAUGGCAGCGGCUCAGGAAUGGCUUAUGCACGUCUUCCUAGGAUCGGUCCUGAUAUAUGUCUUAUCGCACUGAACAGCCCAUACCUUCAGUUGGGAUCUUUCACUACCUUCAGAAUGAAAGAUGUUGCUGAAAUAUGGGCUGAUGAGAUCCAAUUGCAUCAACCACAUGGGCCAUAUCUGGUGGGAGGAUGGUCUGCAGGAGGCUACUAUGCAUUUGAGGUUGCAAAACGUCUAAUAGCAAAAGAGGAGAGAGUUGAAAAACUUGUUUUGAUUGAUAGUCCGUGUCGCCUUGAGUAUGAGGCUCUGCCAAUAAGUGUUGUGCAGUACUUGAGCAGGAACAAUCUCAUGGGUAAUUGGGGAAGCAAAUCACCGCCAGGUUGGCUGAUCGAUCAUUUUGACAUCACGAUCAGCGCAAUACAGAGAUACAUGCCUACAGAAAUGAAUGGGCCACAUAAUCCGGAUGUCUUUAUCAUUUGGGCAAAAGAGGGCAUAAUCCAUGAUCGCAACACCUCCAAGAUCGAACUGGAUAUGAACGUUAAGGUGACACGCAUGUUGAUUGAACGUCCAAAAUCAUCUGGUGCAUUGGGAUGGGAUAAAUUGUUCCCAAGUUCAAGGUUGAGAGUGGCAGAAAUGCCAGGUAAUCACUUUACGCUUGUGUAUCCUCCAAAUGUGAGCUCAUUUUUCGACAAUUAUCGCGAUACCUAG